GCUAAAGGAUCUAUUGAAUUCUUGAGGCGCAGACAUGACCGAAGCAUAAACACUGCUGAUAAUGACGGAUGAAUAAUGACAAGAAGACUCGGGUGAUGAAAGUUAAUUGGCUUACCAUGACAAAACGACCUUAUCUGUGACUACCAUGAUCGGGAUAAAUCACAUGUAACGAUGACGUUCACGAUAUCAAAGAUCAGUGAAAAGAUUACUACAAGAUUAAGAAGUGACUACUGUAGACACGCAUUUGGAAAUCUAAAUGACAGUGUUUUGACGAAACAGGACACUCAAUAUUUUCAGUCAAGAGAAAACGGGAUCCAAAAUCUCCCGAAGAAGGCGUGGCGACUUCCGGUCUUAGCGAAGAGCCAACGCAAAUUGUUUGUUAUGACGCAACUGCACCCGGGUAUGAAAGGCGACACCAGUGACUGUCUAAUGAGUCCCAGUGUCGACAUACAUGACGACAGGCAGGUUGGCAACACAGCGCAUCAUUACGAAAGCGAGAAGAGAAAUGUUUACAACUAUGGAAGAGAGAGACGAUGGCGUGGCUGCACAUGACCGUGGCGAUACUGGCGGCGCUGGCGAAGUCGAGCCACGCCCAGGGCAGCCAGGGUUACAUCGCUCCCGACCCGCCGUGCUACGCUCCCACGGUCACCGUCUACGACACGGAGACGCAGAUCAGCACACUCGUGGAGACGGUUUCCACCACGGUCGUCGAGAAUGUGGUGCUGACGGAGACCGCGUACGUCACGGAGACGCUGACGGAGAGGGAGGUGCAGUCCGUCACGGAGGUGGAGACCGUCGUCGCCACGGAAACGGAGGAGGUCAUAGCGACGGCUUACGAAACAGUCUACGAGACGCAGGUGGUGACGCAGACGGAGACGCAGGUGGAGGAGCGCACAGCCAUCGUCACCGAAACGAAGGUCGAGGAAGUUGAAGUGACCAAGUGCGCCGCCCCCGCCCCGCCUCCCAGGCCUGCCUAUGGCCUUUCUACGUCCUACGGCCCCCCACCCCGCCCAUCCUACAAAGCCCCAGCGCCGGCGCCCUCCUACGGCCCCACGCCCAUGCUGAUGAGUCUGGGCGGCUUCAAGGGUUACCCCGGUUUCAAGGGAUUCGAUUUCCAAGGCUUUAACCCAUUUUCCCAGUAUGAAAGUAGUGACUAAUUUUUUUUUUAAUCUGUAGAUUUUAAGGUCCAUUUAUUUAUUGAUGGAACCAAGUCUUUCAUUAUAGAUUUUCAGACGUUUUUGUUUGUCUAAUUAGAUAUCGCUUUCAGUAUAUUCGCCAUAAUUUAUUUCUCUAAAAAACUUUUCAACUCUAGUCUGUUUCCUGAACGCGAGGAUGCCUCACAACAGAUUGAAGAUUUCUUAAACAGAAAAGACCCAUUUUGAAGCAUAUUUGCAAUAACAGAGAAAAACAAAUUGGAUCUCGAUUUCCCGCUGGCGCCAAAAUUUAAAAAUGUCGGUUAUGACGCCGGUUACGUUAUGACCUCAAGGAAACGUUCGUGUCUCCAUUUUCUGUGCAUCUUUUUCCUGUUUUGGUAUAAAUAAACCAAAUGUAUUUAUAA